UUGUACAUUUGAGUGAUUAUGAGCGAUAUAACUUUUCACACGCACCGUAAAACGGAUUCAGUGCCUAAUGCAUUAUGCAUGAGUCACCAUUUCGCUCUUGGCGGUAAAUUGGAACAAGCGGGUUGUGUGACGGGUCGCCGGUUUUGCGGAACAAAGGAUUGGUAUUGGGUCGGUCCCUCGCGUUCGCAUAGAGGGUAUAUAUACCAGCGGAAAUCCAGAACAAGUAUCAGUUUGAAAAUAUCUCAAACGAUUCAUCAACAUGUCUGGACGUGGUAAAGGAGGAAAGGGACUUGGAAAGGGAGGCGCCAAGCGUCAUCGCAAGGUUUUGCGUGAUAACAUCCAGGGAAUCACCAAGCCAGCCAUCCGUCGUCUUGCUCGACGUGGAGGAGUCAAACGUAUCAGCGGUCUCAUCUACGAAGAGACCCGUGGAGUCCUCAAGGUCUUCCUUGAGAACGUCAUCCGUGAUGCCGUCACCUAUUGCGAGCACGCCAAGAGGAAGACCGUCACCGCCAUGGACGUCGUCUACGCCCUGAAGCGACAGGGACGUACCCUCUACGGAUUCGGAGGUUAAGAAGUUACUCUUCUGACCAACAACUCAAACGGCUCUUUUUAGAGCCACCAAAUAUUCAAGAAAGAUUCAAAUGUUCGAUUCUUAAGUAAUCUUGAAGUCUAAAUAAUAAUAAUAUUCAAUUUUUAUAAUUCUCAGGGUCCUAUUCUUAAUCACGUUGCUAUCUUUAUCUAAUCAGUCUGUACCAAACAAGGGGGCAAUGAAAGCCAUAUGGAACGAUGAUAGAAAUGAUUAAUUAACUCGUCCGUUGAUGAAUUAAUAUAAAUGAAGUUUGAAGCAAUGGCCAUAGUGAGCAUAAAUGGGUCCAAGAUGGAAAUAAGGAGAAGGCCAGAUUAGAAAGAAAAUUGAAAUCAAAAUUCACAAACCAUGAGAAGGCGCCACCUUUAUGGUGGGGGUAAGGGAAAAGGUAGAUUACAUUACAAUUACAUAUUAUCUGUUUAUAAUUU